AUGGUUCGAGGGAAGUGUACAGUUUGCGACUCUCCAAACGCCACCAACUAUCAUUUCGGAGCACAGUCUUGUAAGGUAAAUUUCAAAAAAUGUUUGCGGUAUUUGAAGAUUACAAAAAAUAUAUUUGCAGGCUUGUGCAGCAUUUUUCCGUCGCAGCAUCGCCAUGAGACAGGACUACAGCUGUCUGGGAGAUGGCUUCAAAGCAUGUCGAAUUGAUCAUAGUGAGUCAUAUUUGUGUAGUUGAUAUGAAGAUCCCAGCUUGUUUGCUACCAUUAUAAUUCAAAAGUUAAACGGAACAGAACAAAAAAAGAUGUGAGAACCAGUUUUCCUGGCGAUCAUCAGCAUUCUGUUCAUACUCUGUAAUGUGCUCCAGGCUACAGAAAGACUAGAGAAACCGUCACAUCACAUUUUAUCUGAUUUCUGCUCAUACACUUUGGCUUUUCAGCUCUCCGUUUGAACUGUCGACAUUGUAGGCUCAAGAAAUGUUUACGAGCUGGCAUGCUAGCGGAUUGUAAGCCAACUUUUCAGAAGCCUUUGAGUUCCGUGAUUUUACAGUAGUUCAAGCGAAAAGGGAGAUAAAAAUGGAGAAAAGUGCUCAAGAGUGCAGAAAGUAUAGCAGCCAUUCAGAAGAACAGUUAAUGGAAGUUUAUCAGCCGAACACUUCUUCAUGUGAGUUUUUAAAAACUACAAUUUAAAAAAUGAAUAAACGUGGGUCCGCUGCGCGGACCGAGCUUACUCUCCGAAGCGACUUUGCCGCUAGUUUGUUUUGCAUAGAUAACUGUUUGAAAGUUCACGUGUUCAUUUCUCAAUUUCUCCGUCACCAUUAAUUUCGUUUUAGAAAUGAACGAACAAUCAGAGAAAUAAACAAAGAGGCAAACAGAGGGACAAACCCGUGAAGUGUUAUAUUAAUAAGAAUGAUACGAAAAGAAAGAGAGUGUGAAACGUUUCUUUCUUAAAUGAAAACUAUGCCUCUUUGCGCGAUUCUAACCCUGCGAAGCGAGUCGGAAAGAGAAAUUAUCCGGAACCGUUAGGCGACGGAUAAUCUUUCUUUUUCUUUCGAGCAAAAAUAGAAGUGAAAUGUGUACCGUAUUUUCAGAUUUCGACCAGCCGACCCCAGUGCUCACUCCUCCCAACAUGUACCCUCCGCCGCCAAUGUCCGAUGCAUUUUAUCAACUUUCGGAGAACGAAUGGGACUAUUCCCCGCCGUCUGAAAAGUGUAUGAGAAUGACGGAAGAUCUGAUGGGAUACGACGAACUGCAGCAGUUUAUAAUGAUGCCGACGACAACUCGGAUUGAGAUUGGUGCAGAUGACUUUCAACCGACCGAUGCUGAAAUUCGAUCUCGAGUGAAUUCCGUGUCAGAUGCCGGCGGAUAUUUCAUGAGUUUCGAAGAAGAGGAACGACUCCAAGAACUGGCUGCACUUUACACAGAUCUGGUGGUUAAUAUCAAUGUGAAAAGGAGGAUCACUUAUACUGAUAACCUGAUUGCCAGUGCUUUCGAUGGCGCGUGUGUUUGCGUACGUUCUAAUAAGAGCAAAAAUCAAAAAUAAUGCACUGUUUUCCAGCCUUACGACAGAACGAAUGUCAAGUCAUUCGACCAUCGUACUUAUCGUCAGAAAAAUCGAAACGACUACCUGAUGAUCAUCGAUUACAUCACCAGAUUCCCCGGCUUUCAGCAACUGACAAAGUCUGAAAAAACCGUUUUAUUCCGAACGGCCGCCGCAGUGGAUAUCCUUGUAGAUCAGGCGUAUUACAGUCAAAUGUGAGUUUCACAUAUUUCAGCAAAACGACUUAUUUUGUUUCGUUCAGAAUCUUCCCAAACGAGGAAAAACUGGUGACUGCAAACGGAGAAUGUCUCUCGAUGAACCCGCUUCCACAGCCAGAGUUUGAGAGAAGCUAUAGACAGUUUGAUUCGGAUGAGGAGUACGAAAAGUACAAGUUAGUUCAAACUUACAAUAACAUUUAGAAUAUCAAAGCAUUUCAGAGCUUUGACCGAAAUGAAAGUCCGUCAAUGGACAAAUACUGUUGAGCCGCUGAAAAAGAUGAACAUGUCACUGACCGAGUUUGCACUUUUCAAAGCGCUUACCAUUUGGCAUUAUAGUAAGAUUCUAAAUGGUUUCUCAAGAAUGUAAAGUAUUAACAACUUCAGACCACUUCAAACUGGACGUCAACAACGGCCGCCAAGUGAGUUCCCGACAGCGGGCUGACAUCUUCCGGACUCUUCUGAUGAUAUGUGUGCAAGAGGAUCCUGAAAAUGGAUUUCUACGUGCUUCAGAGCUGGUUCUCAACAUCUCCACGAUAAUGCUCGAGAUUCGUACAAUGGUCGAGCAGUACAUUCAGUUAAUUGUGUUCGACACAAUGGAGGAUCCGAUUCUGAAGGAUAUGCUCACUUUUCAAUACUGA